GAACGGGUUGGGGGGAUGGGGUUGCUUUGCGAUUCAAUUAAUUCUUCCUCUUUCUUCUUUCUUUCUGCUGGUCCAGAAAGCACUACCCCAGAUUCUCUGCAGGUAGUUUUCACCAUGUCGCGGCCUUUCCCUGCGAUCAAGGUGUUCCGCCCCAUCUGGCGGCGGAACUUCUCCGCCUCGACCUCGCGGAGCGCUAUCAACAAGCUAUGUGACUCCGCCGAGGAGGCUGUCAAGAACAUGAAGGGUUCUUCGACCCUGCUGGUCGGUGGUUUCGGUUUCUCUGGUGUUCCCAACACCCUAAUCAAUGCCGUUCAUGCUCGUCCUGAGGUCAAGGACCUGACUGUUGUCUCCAACAACGCUGGUAUGCCCGGCACCGGUCUCGGUCAAUUGCUCGAGUCCAAGCAGAUCACCAAGAUGAUCGCCUCCUUCAUUGGCGAGAACAAGGUGUUCGAGAAGAUGUAUCUCACCGGUGACCUGACCCUGGAGCUCACGCCCCAGGGUACCAUCGCUGAGAAAUGCGCCGCCGGAGCGGCUGGCGUUCCGGCUUUCUACACUCCCGCGGCUUACGGUACUAUCAUUCAAACUGGUGAACUCCCUAUUCGGUACAACAAGGAUGGCUCUGUGGCAGAAAUGUCCAAGCCCAAGGAGACCCGCACGUUCAACGGCAAAGAUUUCAUCCUGGAAGAAUCGAUUUUCGGUGACUACGCUCUGGUUCGCGUCCACAAGGCCGACAAGCUGGGUAACUGCCAGUUCCGCAAGGCCAUGAACAACUUCAACGAGGCCAUGGCCAAGAACGCCAAGUACACCAUCGUCGAGGCCGAUCACAUCGUCGAGGUUGGCGAGAUUGAGCCCGAGAGCAUCCACCUCCAGGGCAUCUACGUCGACGCUGUCAUUCAGAGCACCCAGCCCACCGCCAUCGAGAAGCUUACCUUCGCCAAGAACCCCGAGGACAUGCUCGCUGCUGGCUCCGGCGAGGCUACUGCCCGCCGUGAGCGCAUCGUUAAGCGUGCCGCUAAGGAGUUCAAGGAUGGAAUGUAUGUCAACCUCGGUAUUGGUAUUCCCCUGAUCGCCCCCUCCUACCUGCCCGAGGGUGUCGAGGUCGUCCUGCAGGCUGAGAACGGUAUUCUGGGCCUGGGCGGCUACCCCCACCCCGGUGAAGAGGACCCCGACCUGAUCAACCCCGGCAAGGAGACUGUCACUCUGGGCCGCGGUGCUUCCCUGUUUGGUUCCCACGAGAGUUUCGGUAUGAUUCGCGCUGGUAAGAUCGAUCUUACCAUGCUUGGUGCUCUGCAGGUCAGCCAGUACGGCGACCUGGCCAACUUCAUGCUUCCCGGUAAGGUCAAGGGUGUUGGCGGUGCCAUGGAUCUGGUCGCCAACCCCGAGAAGACUAAGGUCGUCGUCACCAUGGAACACACCGACAAGAAGGGCAACCCCAAGAUUCUACCCGACUGCAGCUUCCCCCUGACCGGCCCCCGCUGCGUCUCGACCAUCAUCACCGACCUAGCCGUCUUCGACGUCAGCACCACCGAGGGUCUGACUCUGAUCGAGCACGCCGAGGGCGUCACUGUCGAGGAGAUCCGCAGCAAGACUGCCGCUCCUUUCAAGGUCUCCCCUGAUCUGAAGCCCAUGCAGCUGAUGAAUCUUCUCUCAUUAUCGCGAGAAUUUCUGGUCGCAAGGUCAUCACUCUCCCUCACUCGCCCGCGCGGAUCAUGCUUCUCCCGGACAUUGGCCACGGCGAGCAAGGCGCAAAAGAAUAAGAAGCUACCUCUGGCUGGGGUGAAGGUCCUGGAUAUGAGCCGGGUACUUGCUGGGCCUUACUGCACACAAAUCCUAGGUGACCUAGGAGCAGAGAUAAUCAAAAUCGAACACCCCAUCCGAGGCGACGACACCCGAGCCUGGGGCCCCCCAUUCGCCGCCUACAAUGACGGCCGCCAAGGAAAUGGCGAAAGCGCCUACUACCUCUCAGUAAACCGCAACAAGAAGUCCCUCGCGCUCUCCUUCGCGCACGCUGAAGGCGCCGAAAUCCUACACAACCUCGCCCGCAACUGCGAUGUCCUGGUCGAGAACUACCUCCCCGGCUCUCUAAAGAAAUACAAAAUGGACUACGAAACCCUCUCCAAAAUAAACCCAGGUUUGAUUUACACAAGCAUCACCGGCUACGGUCAAACAGGGCCUUACAGCAAUAGACCGGGAUUUGAUGUGAUGGUCGAAGCGGAGUUUGGGCUCAUGCAUCUAACCGGGACAAGGGAUGGACCACCUGUCAAGGUUGGCGUUGCGGUGACGGACCUGACGACGGGUUUGUAUGCUGUUAAUUCGAUUAUGGCGGCGUUGUUGGCGCGUGUUAGCUCGGGAGAGGGGCAGCAUUUGGAUGUUUGUUUGAGUGAUUGUCAGGUUGCGACGCUUGCGAAUAUGGGGACGUCGGUUUUGAUUAGUGGGGAGAAGGAUUCUGGAAGGUGGGGGACUGCUCAUCCUUCUGUCGUCCCUUAUCAAGGCUUCAAAACGGCUGAUGGGGAUAUCUUCGUUGGCGGGGCGAAUGAUCGUCUGUUUGGAAUUCUUUGUGAGAAACUUGGGAAACCCGAGUGGAAGAGUGAUGCUCGCUUUGUCACGAACAAUGAGCGAGUCACCAAUCGCGCGGAACUGGAGCCGCUUAUCGAGGGCGAAUUGACCAAGCGAACGACCCGCGAGUGGCAGGGUAUCUUCGAAGGGAGUGGAUUACCUUAUGCGGCGGUGAAUGACAUCCAGGGGACUAUGAAUCAUGAACAUGUGCAAGCGAGAGGUAUGGUUCAGUCUAUUGAUCACCCGACAUGUGGCCCUAUCAAAGUCAUCAGUCCGCCUGUGAAAUACUCGAAUGCCGAGCCGAGUAUUCGGCGUCCGCCUCCUUUGCUUGGAGAGCACACAGAUGAGCUUUUAAAGGAUCUGGCUGGUCUUGAUGACAGGCAGAUUAAGGAUUUGAAAGCGAAGGGGGUUGUUGCGUGA